AUGAGAGAAAUAUCCCUUAAUCCUCAGUCUUUACAAUGGCGAGGUAGUCCUCGGCUGACCAGAUCAAUCUCAAAUGAUUCAAUAACAACCGAAGAGGAGGCAAAGAAAAAUAUUGUGCAUGGAACCUGGUUGCAAAUGGUCUGGGGAAUCCUUUUGGAUUACUCAACGAUAAGCACUAUCCAUGGAAUACGUUAUAUUUUGGAAAGAAGGCGAUCGUGGUGGGAGAGCGCAAUAUUUUUGUGUUCUCGAUUGAUUUUACAAAUCCUGCUGACAUGGAAGUCAACACCAGUUAUUGUGACCUUCAGCGACAAAUCAACACCUAUCUGGGAAAUACCAUUUCCGUCGAUUGUCGUAUGCCCCGAGAGUAGGACUGUUAAUGGAACCUUCAAUUUCACAGAGGCAUACCAUAAUGUUAUGGACAAUCCAAGCAUAGAUAACUUCAGCAAUCUUUCCAGCAGGGACUAUGAGUACUUACAAACGCUCUCUCAAAUAUGUGAUGUAGAUCUGGUGGACCGUCUGAAGUUCCGGGAAACUGCCAAUCCUAUCGAUGUGCUGGGAGUAAUGGCAUCACUUGCGCCAACUAUAAACUAUACUGUGCCCGUUGGAAUAUUCCACAAAAAAUUAUUCUUCCCAGAUGGAUACUUCACAACUGUCUUCACAGAUUUAGGGGUAUGCCAUCAAUUUAACGGUAUCCACCAAUCGGAGUUAUUACGUUACCCAAGUUUUGAAAACUUUACAUUCGCGGGUGAGGUGCAAAAGAAGUCAACCUGGAGUGUGUCAGAAGGCUACGACAAAAACACUGACGACGAGACUGUAUACCCUCUACGAGCUCAAAUUUCUGGUAAGAAAGGUGGCUUACAGCUAGUCACCCAAGGUCUUCUCGCCGACAUCGAUUACCUCUGCCGUGGAGCGGUAGAAGGAUUCAGUUUACAGCUGUUAGCACCUGAUGAGUUCCCUGCUGCUAACAAGCAAUACAUUCGAGCCUCAUUCCGAAAGGAAACUAACUUGAUAAUAAAACCGACCCUAAUGACAACUGCAGAUAAUCUCAGAGAUUCACCAUGGCAAAGUCGUCAUUGUUUCUUCGCCGAUGAACGUUAUCUUCGGUUCUUCAAAACAUACUCUCAAGAUAAAUGCGCUUUCGAGUGUUUGACCAAUUAUACCUACGCAAAAUGCAAUUGUGUGAAAUUUUCAAUGCCACACACCAAAGAUAUGCCCAUCUGUCAAGCGGCUGAUAUACAAUGCUAUUACCAAGCUGAAGAUGAUCUAUUGCGGAACGAAUUUGAGUUUGAACUCUCAGGAAAGUCGAAGGACUUCACAAGCUGCAACUGUCUACCAGCGUGCACAUCCUUAAAAUACGAGGUGGAGAUUGGUGAGACCAAACUUUAUUACGAGGAACUACUUCGUGCAUUUAGGGAAACAGAUUACUCGAAGGAGAAUCCAGGGUGA